AUGGUGAAUAAGGCCAAUGAACUGGACGAGGAAUCGGCUCUAGUCGGUGACGAACCGUUCGGUUUUCCCGACAAUGACGAGCGUAUCCAGGAUGAGGACAACAUCCAUCUUAUAAUUCAUGGCCCAAACCGCUUUAUCCUCCGAUUCCCAUCCAUGGCAUGUACGACCGCAGCACGCCUCAUACGCCAUCCGAAGUGCCCAAGGCGCCACCACGAACCUGUGUAUCUGGUCUGUUGAGUCAUCUGCAGAAUUUCUUCUCGUCGGAUCAAGACUCGGCAUCAAAGAAGCAAAACUGAGGGGUCAGCUAAAUGGUGGGAUGAGUUGAUUGAGUUUGCAAGCUACUACUAGCAUGCGAAGUAACGGAGGAUUCAGAAGAAGAAUAUUAACGUGUGCUAGGUGACUUCUGGUUGACCUACUUACUGUAUGCAAUCGUUUGUGUGGAAUUUCAAACGAUCUAGUAGAAGUUGUUAGUCGACGGCCUUCUGUCGAGAUAUCAAUAUCACUCACAAAGAGAAAUAUAUAAUUAUUUACAAA